UGCAGGCCGAGGGCCUGCUGUCCUUCCACGAUGUGGCUCUUCACUCUGGUCCUGGUCUCCCUGGCCACUUCCACGGCUUGCGGGCACCCAUCCUCACCGCCUGUUGUGGACACUGUGCAGGGCAAGGUCCUGGGGAAGUACGUCAGCUUAGAAGGAUUUGCACAGCCCGUGGCCGUCUUCCUGGGCAUCCCUUUUGCCAAGCCCCCUCUUGGACCCCUGAGGUUUGCUCCGCCGCAGCCUGCAGAACCAUGGCACGUCGUGAAGAACACCACCUCCUACCCUCCGAUGUGCUCCCAAGACCCAGCGGCGGGGCAGAUGGUCUCAGAUCUCUUUACCAACAGAAAGGAGAACAUCUCUCUCCAGUUUUCUGAAGACUGUCUUUACCUAAAUGUGUACACUCCCGCUGACUUGACGAAUGAAAGCAGGCUGCCGGUGAUGGUGUGGAUUCACGGAGGUGGUCUGAUGUUAGGUGGGGCAUCAAGCUAUGAUGGGCUGGCCCUCUCUGCCCAUGAAAAUGUGGUGGUGGUGACCAUUCAGUACCGCCUGGGCAUCUGGGGAUUCUUCAGCACAGGGGACGAGCACAGCCGGGGAAACUGGGGUCACUUGGACCAGGUGGCUGCACUGCGCUGGGUCCAGGAGAACAUUGCCGACUUUGGAGGGGACCCAGGCUCCGUGACCAUCUUUGGAGAGUCAGCCGGAGGGGAAAGUGUCUCUGUUCUUGUGUUAUCUCCACUGGCUAAGAACCUCUUCCACCGGGCCAUCUCUGAGAGUGGUGUGGCCUUCAAAGCUGUCGUGGACAAUGACUACACGAAGGCUGUUGCUCAGCAAUUUGCGGACUUUUCUGGGUGUAACACCACUGUCUCGGCUGUCAUUGUUCACUGCCUGCGCAAGAAGACAGAGGAGGAGCUCCUGGAGACGUCACGGAAGAUGAGCCAUCCCUUUCUGGCCACUGUGGUUGAUGGAGUGGUGCUGCCAAAGAUGCCUGAAGAGAUUCUGGCUGAAAAGAAAUUCAACACUGUUCCCUACAUUGUCGGAAUCAACAAGCAAGAGUUUGGCUGGCUUCUUCCAAUGAUGAUAGGCCUCCCACUCUCUGAAGGCAAGCUGGACCAGAAGACGGCCACGUCACUCUUGUGGAAGUCCUACCCCAUCGUUGAAAUCCCUGAGGAACUGACUCCAAUGGCCAUUGAGAAGUAUUUAGGAGGGACAGACGACCCUGUCAAAAAGAAAGACCUGUUCCUGGACUUGUUGGGAGAUGUGAUGUUUGGUGUCCCAUCUGUGACUGUGGCCCGUUUCCACAGAGAUGCCGGAGCCUCCACCUACAUGUAUGAGUUUGAGUAUCGCCCAAGCUUCUCAUCAGACAUGAGACCCAAGACAGUGAAAGGGGACCACGGGGAUGAGCUCUACUCAGUCUUCGGGGCCCCGUUUUUAAAAGAGGGUGCCUCAGAAGAGGAGAUCGAACUCAGCAAGAUGGUGAUGAAAUUCUGGGCCAACUUUGCUCGGAAUGGGAACCCCAAUGGGGAGGGGCUGCCCCAUUGGCCGGCAUAUGACCAGGAUGAAGGGUACCUGCAGAUUGGUGUCACCACCCAGGCAGCCCAGAAGCUGAAAGAUAAGGAAGUGGCUUUCUGGACAGAGCUCAUGGCCAAGAAGGCAGCGGAAGAGCCACAACAGACAGAACACUGA